UCUCUUCCUAAACAUCUCUUUAAUUUGUCUCCCUAAAUAUUUUAAACCUAUAACCGAAACCCUGAAAGAUCUGAUCACACAAAUUCAGCUUUUGUAUAUUCUCUUUUCAUGGCUGUCAAAGUGGCAAAGUACGAGGAAACCCGUGUCGUUACCGCAUCAAGAAUCGCUAUCAUUGGGGCUGGCGUCAGCGGUUUAGCCGCCGCGAGACAUCUCUCUCGCCACGACCCGAUAGUGUUCGAAGCCUCGGCCUCGAUCGGAGGCGUUUGGAGGAGCUGCACUUACGAAUCCACGAAGCUUCAAUCAGCUCGCAUGGACUACGAAUUCUCCGACUUCCCGUGGCCCAACAGAGAGGACCCGAGCUUCCCGUCGUACCUUGAGAUAUUGGACUACUUAGAAGCUUAUGCUAAGCAGUUCGAUAUCCUAAAGUUCGUGAGGUUUAACUCAAAGGUGAUUGAAGUGAGAUUCGUCGGGGACGCUGAAAAAUCAUUGGAUCUUAGUAUCCACGGCGGGAAAUUUCCUGGGAAACCUGUCUGGGAAGUUGCCGUUCAGACCAUAGAUUCCGGAAACAUUCAGUGGUACGCUUUUGAGUAUGUGGUCGUGUGUGCCGGAAAAUAUGGAGACGUGCCACGGAUACCGUCGUUUCCAAGCAACAAAGGGCCGGAGAUUUUCAAAGGGCAAGUCAUGCACGCCAUGGAUUACUGCAAAUUGGACGGAGAAGAAGCUUCCCGACUUCUCAAGGGCAAGAAAGUGGCCGUCAUCGGUUUCAAGAAAUCCGCCAUUGAUUUGGCCUUAGAGUGCGCUGUUGCCAAUCAAGGUGAAGGAGGGGAAGCAUGCACAAUGGUCGUGAGAACACCGCAUUGGGUGGUGCCACAUUAUUCGGUAUGGGGCCUACCGUUCUUCAUGUUCUACUCCACGAGAGCUUCUCAGUUUCUCCAUGAAAGGCCCAACCAAAGCUCCCUCAGAACACUCCUCUGCCUCCUCUCCUCUCCUCUCAGAGCUGCGACUUCCAAGUUCAUCGAAUCAUACAUCCUGUGGAAGUUCCCUAUGGAAAGAUACGGUCUGAAACCGGACCAUCCGUUUGAAGAAGACUAUGCGUCUUGCCAGAUGGCUAUCGUGCCGGAGAAAUUCUUCGAGGAAGCGGAUAAAGGGAAGAUUCAGUUCAAGAGAGCUUCGAAAUGGUGGUUCUACGAAGACGGGAUCGAGUUCGGGGAUAACACGAGGCUAGAGGCCGAUGUCGUGGUACUGGCGACCGGCUACGAUUACAAGAAGAAACUCAAAGCCAUUGUUCCCGAACCUUUUCGGAGUUGGCUUGAGUUUCCCUUUGGCGUCAUGCCUUUGUAUAGGGGGACGAUCCAUCCGCUGAUACCGAACAUGGCAUUCGUGGGUUACGUCCAGAGCAACUCGAACCUGCACACGUCCGAGCUGCGGGCCAUGUGGCUGAGCCGACUGCUCGACGGGAGAUUCAGCCUACCGAGAGAAGAGAAGAUGGUGGAAGAGAUCUCAAAGGAGAUUGAGGUGAUGAGGAGAGGGAGUAGGUUCUACAAGAGGCACUGCAUCUCAACGUUUAGCAUCCAACACGCCGACGACUUGUGCAAAGACAUGGGUCUCGACCCUUGGCGCAAGCCCAACUGGGUUCUAGAAGCUGUUAGCCCUUAUGGGAGUGAGGACUAUAGGCUCAGUGGCGGCACUGUCUAGACAUCACCCAUGAAUCGUACACUCAAACACUUGGUAUGAAUAAGAGGGUUUACCAUAAGUUUAUGUCUGUUGUGUUUUAGCCUAAAAUAAUGGAAAGCAAGGUUCUUAUUGAACUUGGGAGA